AUGGAAAAGUCGAUUGGAUCUCGUUUUCGAAACAGUAGUUUGAUGAAAAAGAUCAGCGAAAUCACUGUCCUUUGUGGGAUUGAAGCGUGUGCUGUGGUCUAUAGUCCUGAUGUGCCUAAUAAGCCUGAGGUUUGGCCUUCUGAAUCGGGAGCCAAAAGUGUGAUUUCCAAGUUCAAGGGUGUGUCUGAAGUUGAGCAAAGCAAGAAAAUGUUCUGCCAAGAGAGCUUUAUAAGGCAGAGAAUUGACAAAGGCCAGGAGCAGCUGAAGAAAUUGAAGAAUGAAAAUAGGAAGAGGGAGAUUAACCUUCUCAUGUGUGAAUACCUCACUCAUGGGAGCAACAACCUUGACAGUAACAACAUGAAUUAUCUGAAGGGUUUUUCAUUCUUCACAGAUCAGAACCUGGAUGAAAUUAGAAACAAAAUUUCUGUGUGCCAGGCCCAUGAGGAGACACCAGUGAUUGACGACGGAGGAAAAACCAUGACUCAAGGAGGGCAAGCACGUGUCCAAGGGCCUAGGACCAAUGUUGCCAGGAAAAAUCUGAAUUAG